AUGGUGGAAAUGACUCAGAGUCUGAAAAUGAUGAGCUUCUUGAUGCUUGUUGAGGGAGAGGGCAUGGUCAGUGGCAGAAGCCUUAAGCUCAACAUAGUAGAUAAUUCAAAAUACUCUGGUUAUAUAUUUAUACAGGGCUGUCAGAAUGAGUGCACGGCUGGAGGAUGUUCGGGAGAAACAGCAAAGCAUAUGACUGAAUCUUUCAAAGCUUCAGACUUGAUUAUCACCCCAGCUACGACUUUCAAGGAAAAACCAGACCCCAGUGGUUUGGUAUUUGGAACUGUGUUCACUGAUAAUAUGCUGACAAUUGAAUGGUCCUUGGCUUCAGGAUGGGAGAAACCUUAUAUUAAGCCGCUUGAGAACCUUUCGUUGCAUCCGGCCUCCUCAUCUCUGCAUUAUGCUAUAGAACCAAGAGGACAGACAGAGGAGAAUCUGGUGCCAAUGCUGUGGCUCAAUGAAUACACAUUGUUUGAAGGAAUGAAGGCUUACCGAGGAGUGGAUGGCAAAAUCCGCCUGUUCCGGCCAACCCUCAACAUGGACAGGAUGGCACGAUCAGCAAGACGAGCAACUCUGCCAUGUUUUGACCAGAAUGAGCUGUUAGAGUGCAUCCGGAAGCUUGUGGAAGUGGAAAAGGAGUGGGUCCCAUACUCAACCGCUGCCAGCCUUUAUAUCCGUCCUACUUUAAUUGGGACUGAGCCUUCCCUUGGAGUGAAGAAACCGACUAGAGCCCUACUGUAUGUCAUACUGAGCCCUGUGGGCCCUUACUUUGCAAGUGGAAGCUUUAAUCCAAUAUCCUUAUGGGCAGAUCCAAAAUAUGUAAGAGCCUGGAAAGGAGGAACAGGGGACUGCAAACUGGGAGGGAAUUAUGGUUCUUCUAUUUAUGCCCAGCAAGAAGCCCUGGAGUUAGGCUGCCAGCAGGUUUUGUGGCUCUAUGGAGAAGAUCACCAAAUAACUGAAGUUGGAACAAUGAAUCUGUUUCUCUACUGGAUAAAUGAAGAUGGAGAAGAUGAACUGGCAACCCCACCUUUAGAUGGCAUCAUCCUUCCAGGAGUGACAAGACAAAGCAUUCUGGAUCUGGCACGCAAUUGGGGAGAAUUUAAAGUGUCUGAGCGAUACAUCACCAUGAGUGACCUGACAGCUGCCUUGGAAGAGAACAGAGUAAAGGAGAUGUUUGGUGCUGGAACAGCUUGUAUUGUGUGUCCUAUCUCUAAAAUUUUAUAUAAGGGCAAGCAUUUGCACAUUCCAACUAUGGAUAAUGGACCUCAGUUAACAACCCGUUUCCUGAAUAAGUUGAGUGAUAUCCAGUAUGGAAGAGAAGACAGCGAUUGGGCAGUGCUGGUGUGAUGAAGGUGGAAGAUUUCAGAUCCUCCAGACAGAACAGAUGUUAACAAUGACAACUUCUGUAGCUGCCUGUGUGUAGCAUAGUUUCUGUAUCAAUGUGCUCCCCAGGAUGAUUGUUUCCACAAUCCAGUGAAUGUGAACACAAUCAUUUUGUUUUCUACUGUAAUCCAGUUGGUAGAAGCCUGUCUUCUUGGUAGAGGUGCUAAAUGUUAGCAAUAGAACUUUCCUAAUGGUUUUCUUAGUGCCUCCUUCUGUCUUAUGUACAGUCUGAAAACCUGUAAAAUGCUCUUCAACUGCUCUUCAGUUUGCUUUGUUUUAACUGCCAUCACCAGCAGAGCACGUUGUCAUGCAAGACGUUGCCUGUUAGCUGGCCACAGGGUUCUGUUGACAUUAUUCUGCCUUUUGCUCUGUGUUCGGGGAAACAAUUAAGUUUAGCCAUGUGCUCUUUCCUUUCAUACCCUGCUUGUAUGGGAGAUUUCCUGAGUUUGCAUAGCCCUCUAGAUCCUCUCAUGCAUACUGUGUCAGAAAACAGCACUUUCCUUUAGGCCAAAAUUCUCCUGAGUCGAUCUAGCCUGCAAUGUGCUCCCUGUUGGCUUACUGCCUUUCCCUCCCUAGGGAUAUGCAGUGGCUUAGUGGGCAGUGCAUACCUCUCUAACAGCUGAAUACAUCCUUCCAUAAGUGAUUUACAGGGCUGGGUCUUAGGCCCUGCUGAGAAAAAAAAUUACCCUUUGUCUGGCCUAGCACAGAGCUGGGUGCUGCGGACACAGUGUUGCCUUCCAGGUGAAUGUCUAGAAAAUAAGAUUAGACAACUGUGGCUGUGAAAGUUAAACCACUCUUCAGAGUAACCAAACCUUUGGAUUGAGGAAUUUCUUUCAUCACCCAGUCACACAAUUUAGACCAGCAAAAUGUUUUUCUUGUCCCCUUCACCACUCGCUGUGAAAUGUAUCCAGCCUCCAUUGACCAUAGGGCCUUCCAAUUAAGGAGCAAACUAUGUUGUCAACAGAAAAUAUCUAGUGCGAGAAGGAAAGAGAUUUCAUUCAAACCCUGGUUUCAUUCUGAUUAAGCACAUACUUCUUUAUAUACUGCUUCUAUCUCACAUGCAGUCUUGAUACUAUUUGGAAGCAACAUAGAGCAUGUAGCCCAUAGUUAGGGAAAUAACUUCUGCAAAUGUUCACUAACAAUCAUACUGUAAUAUUUAUUAGCUUUCUCUUUUUGCACACAGCUUUGUUGAACAGCUUUAAGAUAUCUCUUGCCAAAAAGGAUCACCAUAUUCUGUAUCAAUGUUCCAAAGUGCUACUUCAGUGUAAAACUGGUGGAACUUCACUGACAAUAAUGGAGUCCUGUAAGAAGUAAAAGUGAAACAUUUAUUGCCAUAGUUUGCAGCAGAGAUGCACCAGUAUUAAGGGAAAUAUUUAGCACUUUAUGUUUUUUAUGACCCAACAGUAUCUCUCCCAUGCUUUGUAAGUCAUUUGUAGUUACUGGCAUUUGUUAAUAUAGUUUAAGAAAGGCAAAAUAUAAUUUCUAAUAGACCAUCCAUGCCUUAUGCAACUGCUAAAAAGUAGCCUUAUGGCUUUCCUGUUCAUUUUUGGUCAGAUGUUAAAGACAACCCCUACUUAGCCAUCACUUUCUUUUGCUCCCUCAAAUCAUGACUUCUACUGUCUUUCAAUGCAGUCCAAUCUGAUCUUUUAACGAAGAACAGUUGAAGGUUCUCUCUGACAAUGUAAGCAUUGUUAAAAUUUCUUGGAUAGUUUUCUCUUUAGAAUACAACUGCAAGCACAAAAUGUUUCACUUACAGUAGCAAUAGUCUUGUAUGUCUGCUUUUCUGACCAUUUGAAUCUGUAUUGUGUGCUGGUCUUUGUUCGGUAUCUUACUAUGUAUUAUAAGCUGCUGGUAGUCUUUAUUUAAUUAGAUGGGUGGAAAAAUUUACAUGGGGAAUAUGUCAAGAUGCAAUGUGGGGUAGAGAGUUUUAUCCAAUGAGACAAGUAUUGUAAUUAAAGAGUGCCUUUAACUAGAGUGUGGCAUGGAGCUCUCUAAAGAUUAUGUAGUAAGCAACCACAUGCGGCUUCCUGCUACUGAACUGUCUAAUCUGUCCCCUAACAUUCAUCUUAGAUUUAGCAGCAAAAAAGGAAAAGUGGAAAUACCUAACUUCAGAUGCAUGGCAAAGCCUUAACAUCUCAGGAUGUUGAUAGAGUUCACAGGUACCAUAUAUCAAAAAUCCCCAUGAAGGCGUCAGUAUACCACCAGUAAUCUAUUCACUACUCAGAAUAAAUAAGGACCAGUUAGAAUUAUUUUACUGCAGUGUAAACCUAAAAGUUAUGUAAAACUCUUCUUAAAUUGGAUGUAAGUAAUUUAAUGUGAGGAAAUCAGGCGGUUUCGUUUGUUGUGGUUUGCACUGUUUCCUUCAUUGGCCAGAGACACCUUUCCUUUUACUGCACCUUUUUUAGCUGAUGGAGACUUUAACAUGAUAAGAGUUGAGACUGGAAUGACCCACAGAAAUGUGUAGGCUUUUCUAGCAGAGAAGAAUGAAAACAUGUAGUGUGUGUAUGUUAACUGCUGUCUUUAACAUCUUGGUUAAUCGCUUUUCUCUAGCUAUGUCAAUUCAAAGUUGUGCUUGUUUACAAAUGGGAUCCAGGUGAAUAGGUUCUAGAUUUUAAACUUUAAAACCUGAAUAAGGGAGCUGACAGGUCAGUAUAGUACAGGAAAUUCUUCUGAUGUUGCAUGCUAUCCUACCCUGCAUUCUGCCACUGCUUUUUUAUCCUGUUAACCAAAGGAAAGAAAUAAUAUGUGUAAAUAAUUGUGAGUAUUUGGUAUUGCAUUCUCCCUAUUUUUGCCUGUAAAAUUUAGGAGGGAACUAAAAAUCCCUGAGCUAAUAAUAGAUUGUAAAAGAACAUCUGCACAUCUUUUCUCCAUGUGCCCUAUUUGUUUAAUUGCAACAGAUUUGCGUAGAAAGAGUAUGGUACAUCAUAACUAGGCAAUUAUCCAUUCUUCAUCACUUAGUUAUGGUUCUGCUAAUUGAUCAUUUAAGGAAUAAGAUAGUCUAACAUUAGGAGAAUUUGAGACUGUUCAAAAAAGAUCAACAAAUUAAUAUUGUUGUGUGAUAUUUGCAUAAUUGGCUGCAAUUAUUUAAUGUUUAAUUGGGUUGAUCAAAUGAGAUUCAGCCUUUCACAUGCUUAUGUUUUACAAACACUGGUACUUUAAAAUGAUAAUAAUGAACUCUAAUUUUCGUAUGUUCUUUCUCUCCCCUUCAUUCUUUUGAUUAUUAUUUUCAGUAUUGAGCAUGUCCUUAAUUUUCAAUUUGGUGAGCAUAAUUCAUGCAUAGGAAAGAAGUCCUUCAAAUGAGAGAACUUUUCAUGAAACUGGCAUUUCAUACAAGCUCUUCUGAUGCCGAGAGUUACGGCUUCAGCAACUGGCAUUACUUAACUAGAUUCUUAACUGCAAUGAGGGCAAAUUCACAAAUUUACAGUGACAGACUCUGGUUAGAAUGCUAAUAAAGGUUCCUGCUUAGGGUAGAUAAUCUGUUCAGUCUGUAGCAGUGCAAAGCAAACAUGAUUUUUCUGGGAUAUAGAAGGGAAGUCUGAUAAGACAAAAGCAAGAUAGCGAGAGAUCUCUCUGCCCAGCCAUUGUUUGUACCUGUUCAAGUAUCUCAAGCAAAAAAGCAGUUGUCCUCCACUCCUCUUUCUAGGUAAACUCUUGGCUAGGUUUUACCUAAUUCAACAGAGAGAUAUGGUUGAUCCUCACCUGUAUACUUUAUUUUAUACUUAUUUUUCCUCGGGCAUGAAGAAUUUGGAAAAAUGUGAUAUUUGAGAGAGUCAUUUGGACUGCAAGUUAUUUGAAAUGUCUGUCUAAUACAUGGUCUUCCAAGGAGGUAGACAGAAAAACAGCUGGGACUGAUCUCAUAGCUGCCUAAUUAGAGGAGGAACCCUCUUGAAUUCAAUGGCCUCUCCAAAACAAUCUGCAUAAUCUCAACAUAUUGCAUAGUGUGAACUGUCUGUUGAUAGCGCCUUGCUAUGAAACAGAAUACAGAGAUGCUAGCACAGCCUGCCAUACUGUGGCACGUUGGCUCUCUGCAUGAGACUCACCCUGCUGAUGUUUUAAUGGUCUAGUGGCAGGCUUGUAUACUGAGAGGUGGGCAGGUGUAAAUGACGGCUGAAUGUGCCCUGAGGUAGGCUGUUCCUUGCUGUCUUUCUCUCCCUUCCAUGCAGACUCGCAGCCCCUUUUCCCCAGCCUCCUAUCAUGACGCUACUUAGUGUCAUACCUAAAAGUGACCAUUUAAGCAAAUUUUGCAUUCUUUUUUGUUUUUAGCAGUAGUGACAGUUAAAAAAAA